AGUAAAUGCUGAGGGGUUGCCAUGUCUAAAGAAGAGAAAAAGAUAGAGGUAAUCACUGCAGUUUACAAAGUUCGUCUCCACUGCCCAAAAUGUGCUCAUGAUAUUAGAAAACCUCUAUUGAGGACCCAAGGAGUUCAUACUGUGGGUGUGAAACUUGAGAAAGAUGAAGUUACAGUAAAAGGUGCUAUCGACGCAAAGAAAAUUCAUCAACGCUUAGAGAAAUGGAGUAAAAAGAAAGUCGAAAUUGUAUCCCAGGCGAAGGUUAAAGACGUUGAAAAGGCAAAGGAAGUGAAAAAGGUAAGAAGCCAUAUAUCUUCUAAAUAAAACCUAAAGCUAUUACAUUUGUUAUGGAUCUAAUCGCUACCCAAAAACAAAAACAAAAGUCACAUUGACAUUUCGUCGAAAAUUGGC